CACACAGUCAGAGACUUGAGGAAGGUAUGGGAUUAGCCAGCCAGUCAGGGCCCCUGGGCCCCAGGUAUGUUCUUGCUGGGAUGGGGACUGGGGAGGUGCACGGUGACUUCUGAAGCGCAGAGCCGGCCAGGGAGAGGAAAGCUGCCCCCAAACCCGCCCCCUCCUUCCUGGGGUCCCAGAGAGCUCGCCUUCAAAAGCCUCCUGGGCAGCUGGGUAGCAGCAGCUGCAGGCCAGCAGUCAAGGAUGGUGGGGCGAGGAUCUGGAGGGUCCAACGUGCAAUGUCCUCCCCUGUGUUUCGAUGAACUCGUCAGGAAAUGCUUACCAUGCAAUCUGUACCAGACCCCCACGGCUACUGGAGCUGACAACAUUUCCAGCUCCUCAGAGACAGUCACGCUGAUGACCCAAGUGUCCAAUACGUCAAUGACUUCGAUCCUCAGAAUGCUUCCAGGCCCGUACUUCCUCCUUGGGAUCCCCAUAGGGCUGGCGCUGGUGCUGGCCAUGCUGUAUGGCCUACUGGUGUGCCUGCUGCAGAGACGGCUGGAGAAGGCCCCUGCUGAUGAGGAGGCUGGCCCCAGCAGGGAGCUAGCUCAGGGGCUCGAUCUCCCCCUCCACCAAGAACCUAAAGCCAUGCAGACCCAGAACAGCAGCUUGGGUGAAGCCCAGGACCAGCAUCCCUUUCAAGAGUGCGAUGGUGCUCUUGAGCCCAGCUCAGCGCCCAGCCACAGCUUCCCUGUGCCCGCCACGGAGCUGGGGGCUAUGGAGCUUGUCACCACCAAGACCAUCACCGCGGAGCUGUAGUGGAAGAAGCCGGGUAGGAAAGGGCUGGCUCCAGCUGCUCCAGCUGCUCCACCCGGGCUUGAGAACCCUGCCUUCCUUUCCUUCCAAGGGACUAAGAACCCCCUUCCCCGGGGGCCUGUGGGCCUCCUGCCUCCCGGGUCUACUUACAGAGAUAGCAUCUGUGUGAUGUCCCACAGAGAUGGCACAGUGUAAUGGGCCCUGCAAGCACUGGAUUGAAAUCUUGCUACUCAAUAGUUGUAGAACUUUGGUCCCUUCUCUCCUCCUCUGUAGCUUCCUCCUAGGUAAAAUGAAGCAGGUGUGUGUGCCUAGAUCCUUGUAAAGUUCCUUCCAGCUCCAAGUGGACGACCCUUCCUGGGCUGUCUUCCAAGCCCUUCUCCUUGACAACCCUGCCCUAAGCCCUGGCACUUACCCAGCCUUGCCACAAAAAUGCUUUCAAGGGAGGUCUGGGGGCUCCACAGGCUUCCUCUACACCAAAGGAAGGGGCCCCAAGGACAAUGGUCGGGGCACCCCCACUUGGGGCCCUUUGACUGUGACCUUUCACCUCACUUUCCUGAUUUCCCUUCAUGUUCCAUCUCUGCUGCUCACCUUGGCCCUUUGUCCUGGGGAGCAGUGGGGCACAAUGGAAAGGGACCCAGUUUCCGAGUCUGAAUCCUGGCUCUGCCACUGGUGACCUGGGUGAUCUCUCAUUGCCUCAGUUUCCUCCUCUGUAAAAUGAACUCUGGGAUUAUGAUCUUUACUCCUAGUCUGUUCUAUACUUGUUACAUAACAGGGAAUUUGAGUCCCAUGAGUGCCUCGAACUCACCACAUGACCUUUGGAAAGUUCCCUUCUCUCUCUGUGACUCAGCUGCCUUCAUUGUGACCUUAGUGGUCCCCAAGGCCCAUUUUCAGCUCAAAAUCCUGCAAUGCUAGAAAGUCUCCACUUCAUUCAUUUCCUAAGGCAAGAUGGCCCCAGUCAGCCCCCAGCCAAAGACAAGUCUGGGAAGCAGUCGUGGUCACCUUGGAAUUGCAAGGAAGCAACAGCUGAGGUCUGUUUCAGGAAGUUCAGGUGGGUUCACCCAUGGUUCCAAAUGUUCUUGGAGAGAGAAAAAAAAAUGUCAGCCUGCUUUUACAAAGUAGCUGAGCCAGUGAGAAGCUUGCGACAAGGUAAUAAGCUAUUUGAGGUUGGCUUCUAAGUGCAGGGAGUUAGGCAGGGACAGUGGGGCAGGUCCCCAACAAAACCCCUUAACUUGCUUGGAAGCCAGGAAUUCAUGGCUCUGUAGUAUGACACAGAUCCCCCAGAAUCCUCCUCUCAGAAGCACUGUUAUGCAAAGAGUCUCCAAUUAGGGGGGAGUCUCUCUCUCUCUCCUCUCUCUGUCUCUGUCUCUCUGCCUCUCUGUCUCGCUGUCUCUCUGUCUCUGUCUCU